UCCCUCUUCUCUCUCUCAAACGCAUCGAAGAAGUAAAACCAAAUCGAAUAAGGAGUAGUAUUUGUGAGGAAAUAUUGGGCUUCUCCUUCUUGCAUCCACGAGGUACGAGAAUACCAUUUGUAAUGUUUACUUGCCAACUCCUGUUUCUGAUACGUAAAUUUGCAGGUAGAUUAGCCGGUUUAUGAGACCAAGAAAGACCUCUGUUCGAGUAACCAUAGAAUUUCUAUUCAGAGAAUCAUAUAGUUGUCGAUCGUAUUUAACUAUCGUUGGAUUUUUCAGAUCCCUGAUCUCAUAGAGUUUUUUUCUGACACCAAUGCGAGGCAUCAACUUCUUUAAAUAAUCAUGAGAGAAUUGGAGUACAGUGCAACAAGAGGUCAGAGAGCUAAGCAAGACAUUUGAUGGACUGUGUGCAUGGGGAUGCAGAGAGUAAGCAUGAGCAUCUGAAAACACAUCCCGCGAAAGCUGUCGCUGAAGAUGGUGAUCCCCCUCCAGGAAACGAAAAUGAAGUUGAGAAGGAAACAACUUGCUCUUCCUCUGCUACUUCCGAUGACUCGUCCGAGGAUUUCUUCCAGUUUGAUCCAGCUGAACUCAGCAAGUCAGUCGUGGCGAACGAUCAAGAGAUGAGAAGCCACUGUGGUGCAGCUACAUCAAGCACGAACGGGUUCCUAAUCCUCAUCGAUGAUGACGAUGAGGAUAGCAUCCUUGCAGAGGCCCAGCCGGUGGGUAUAGCUGACACCGGUACCUCCUGCAUGGUGGCUUCGAGACAGUCACCUCCAGUUCAGGUGAUGGAGAGAUUGGACGUCCCCGACACGGGUCGGAUUCCCUCCCCCAUCUUCACAAGGGACAGGUCCACGAUGACGCCGAUGGAGUGGAGCGUGGCCUCCAACGAGUCUUUGUUCAGCAUCCAUGUAGGGACUUGCAGCUUUUCCAGGGACCAUCUCAUUCUGAUGGGCAGGUCAGGGGAGUUCACCCCCAUCGACUCCGGUAGCCCUGUGGAAUCCUGCCGACUGACGUCUGCCGUUCCAGGCUCAGAUCCUGUAGGAAACGAGGGCGCCGGCGCCAUGAAGGGUGCGGAUCAGGAAGAGCAGCUUUAUUCGACGAGUGAGGGUGCAAAACUGUCCACCAGACUAUCUCACCGAUCAGAUAUUGGCAGCGCAUCCAGGUUUCAGUCGUUUGCGUUUCCAGUAUUGACAGGUAAAGGAAGUAGUAGCUCAAUGAAGAUGGAACAUGGGCAUCCACUUCAGACUGAUACACCAAAGGAGGAAGAAGCUGCUGCUGCAGGAGAGAAUAAAUGGUGUCCAUGCUUUUCUUGUUGCUCAUCCUGCUGCUGAGAGGCUUUCGCAAAUGAAAUUUUGUUCAGACAGAGAGAAGCGCAUAUGUUCAUGGUCAUCAGUUCCUCCACGUCUGUGCCUCGGAAGGCUCGGCAUGAUGAAGGAGGCCGUCUUUUGCUCGCCUGAUGAUAACGUAUUAUGCCUUUUUUUUUCUUUUUCUUUCUCUAUCAUAAUGCAGAUAUGCACUAAUUCUUUCAAAAUUUAGUUAUCUUCGAAUGCUAAUGCUGGAUUUAGAGAAAUC